ACAAUGCACGAGCUGCCACAAAGCUGAAAUACCCAACAUCAUCCAGGGAGAGGUGGCUUCGGCAACGUUGGCCGGCCUCGUCCAUUCAGUCUUUUGCGAGAUUUUAUCGUGUGCGGACGUGUCUGCGGGUUUAUUUGCGAACUCUUUGGCUAUAUAUCAUACGGGUCCCGGAUUCCGCAUCCCAAAGCUGCACGCGAUUCUCAUAGAUGCAUUGGCCAGCCGUUUGGCGCCACAGCCACAAAUACAGCCGCACAGAUUGGGAGUCGUCGUCUCUGAUUUAACUUGCAAACGAAAAAGUGACAAAACCAAACGAAAAAAAUUAAAGAAGAAGUUCAACGAGAGAUAUGAGUGCAACAAUGGUGAGGACAUAUGCUGCGGCCUGGUUGCUCGGAUUCUGCUGUCUCGUUUGUCUAGCUGCCGCGGCGCAGGGCAGCAGCAGCAGCAGCAGUCGUUCGGCACUGGCCAAGGAUGUGGCGCACAUGCACAAAAUCAAGAGGCAGCAGCAGGACAAACACCAGCAGACGCUGCAACUGCAACUGCAACAAGGAGUGGCUGUAACAGGGGCCAAGCAGCAGAAGAAGCAGCUGGCCAGAAGCGCACAUGGCCUCAAUAAGAAGCUCCUCGGCCAAAUGGGCUUCAUGAAGGUGAAGGCUCCCAACAGCCACAACCGGAAACGUUUGGCCGUUGAGUCACGACGCCAUGCCUCGCGCGAUGAUUCACACAUGUUCAUCAUCAAAUUGCCGCCAAAUAUGCACUACUAUGCAGGACCCAAUGCCGUGCCACACAAUGCACCACCGAUCGGCAGCAGCAGCAGCAGCAGCAGCCAAAAAGGCAACGCACCCAAGAAGAUGGAAGCGGCGGCAGUGGCAGCAGCCUCGAGAAGAUCUGCCACACAAGCACCGGCCAAGGCAGCAGCAGAAGCCGCAGCAGCAGCGGCAGCGGCAACCACAACCGCAACGGAGGCGUCGGCGUUGAAAGCUAACGGGAAAAAGGUCUCAUUUCCCUUCAGCUCGAAUGGUCGGCCGGGUCGCAUCUACCACUGGAACCUGCCGGUGCUGAAGCAGGCACUGCAGAAGAAGCCGCACUUUGCCCACGUCUCGGCAUCAGACCGCAACCGGCUGCUGGACAUCGAGAAUAUACCAACCUGGCGCAAGCCCUGGGAAAAUGAGACCAUGGAGAAAUCAAUCACCACCAGCAGCGGCAAGUCCAAGUACAAGAAGUCCCUCAAACCGAAGUCGCCCACAUACUAUGCCCCCUCGCAGGCGGUCAGCAAGCAGAGUUUCCACAAGUACUUCGCCGGCAAUGGGAAGCCCAAGGGCUUCUAUGUCAUCAAGGAGCACCAGAGCAAGCCGCAGUUCUAUCACAACAUCAUAUCAUAAUCUAAUCAGCCCAUAGCUCCCCGCCUUGCGGGCUUCUAUUCCUAUUCCCCUAUUUAACUUCUACUUCUACUUUAGAACACUUCCGUCCAGUUUCGACUAGGAUUGUAAUGGCAGUCCUUGUAUAAUACUCGACCGCAUUUGCUGUCCAACAGUUGGGCGUGUGAAAUCUAUUUUUAUAAACGCAAAGAAUACAAUAACAGCGUCGGGAUGGUCCAUGGUCCCCACUGCAUCAAUACCGGGGACGGACCAUUCCGAACUGCAUUUUAGCUGCUAAGCAUCUGCGGAAAGCAAUAAAUUAUGGCAAAUAUCAAUGCUAGGUUUAAGUGCAUGUACGAUUUUGUUUUAAUAAAUAAAUAUUGACUGAUUUUUAAAUGCA